AUGACCUUGAAAUUUAGGCGCAAUAGUUAUUCCUGCGCAGCUGUAUGCCAUGCAGAGAAACAGACAACCCGGGAGGCAAAGAAGGCUCAAGCCAGGAGGCAGUCAGACAAGCAGGAGGGCAGUCAGACAAGCAGGAGGCAGUCAGACAAGCAGGAGGGCAGUCAGACAAGCAGGAGGGCAGUCAGACAAGCAGGAGGGCAGUCAGACAAGCAGGAGGGCAGUCAGACACGCAGGAGGGCAGUCAGACAAGCAGGAGGGCAGUCAGACAAGCAAAAGGAGGAGGGCAGUCAGACAAGCAGGAGGGGCAGUCAGACAAGCAGGAGACAAGCAGGGCAGUCAGACAAAGGCAAAGAGGCAAGCAGGAGGGCAGUCAGACAAAGCAGACCAGUCAGGAGGAGCAGUCAGACAAGCAGGAGGGGGCAGUCAGACAAGCAGGAGGGCAGUCAACAGUCAGCAACAAGCAGGAGGGCAGUCAGACAACCCGUCAGACAAGCAGGACAAGAGUCAGACAAGUCCAGCACAAGUCAGCAAGCAGGAGGGCAGUCAGACAAGGGAGGCAAGAGGCAAGCAGGAGGGCAGUCAGACCAGACAACCCAGGGAGGCAGAGGCAAGCAGGAGGCAGUCAGACAAGCAGGAGGGCAGUCAGACAAGCAGGAGGGCAGUCAGACAAGCAGGAGGGCAGUCAGACAAGCAGGAGGGCAGUCAGACAAGCAGAGGGACAGUCAGGCAAGCAGGAGGGGCAGUCAGACAAGCAGGAGAGGGCAGUCAGACAAGCAGGAGGGCAGUCAGCAGGGGCAAGACAGCACAGUCAGACAAGCAGGAGAGGCAGAAGCAGGAGUCAGACAAGCAGGGAAAGCAGACAAGGAGAAGCGGGAAGCAGCCAAGCGCCCCGGUAAGCACGGAGGUAUGCAAGAUGGCAGACAGGCAAGGAGAAAAUCGGGCAAGCAUGCAGGCAGACAAGCAGACAGUCAGGAAAGCAGAGCGCCAGAAAGGCAUGGAGGCAUACGAGCGGGGAGUCCCACAUGCAUGGAGGCAUCCGGGCGAGUAGUCACACAGGCAGGCAUGCGGGCAGGCACGGUGCAUAGUGGCGGGCGGGCUCGGCGACGCAGACCUGGCAAGGGCGCCCUGGCCUUAUAG